GACACCCGUCCCAUCAUCUUGCACCACAAAAGAGAACCUUGGAUCAUAACCAUACCGGAUUCCUCGAAGAUAUUGAGCCUACUAUGCCAGAUAUGAUCAGAUGUUACAUUAGAUGCCCUGACUUUAGGCGGUCAGGAUUCCUCAACCAACGAGAAUCCAUGCUCAGUCAGCAGCGGAAGCGGGGAUGCCGCUCCCGCGGCAUCUAGAAAUGCCUUUCCUCCGUUUCCUUUUGGAAUUCCACACAUUUUUCUAUUGCUUUGAUAUACGGAAAGGCACAAAAGCUUAAUUCGUGCAGUAGAAGAUACCAAAGAUCAGUCAUGAGUGCUCACCAUGUGGGGAAUGAAGUCUCUGAUUCGACGAAUUCGAGUUCCCUCCGAAAAGAAGGACUUCGUGCCUGUGGAACCUGUGUCAAGGCCAAAGUCAAAUGUGUUCCCAAUGCUGAGAGGGGAAGGUGUCAACGUUGCCAUAGGCUGGACAAACCAUGCCACCCAUCGACAUCUUCAUCUCGGAAACGCCCUCAAUCUGCUCAAGUCGCCCAAUUAGAGAAGAAGCUUGACAGCCUCGUAAACCUCCUAACCACCCCAAAGGAUAAUGUCGUACCGGUAUUCAGCUCGUCGGACUUUCCUAUGGUAGGCCAACAGAGACACGAUACGUCACAAGACACCGAUGAGGAGCUCGCUCUUGGUCCUGGACAAUCCUCUCAGCCUGUGUUCCAAGCUUGCGCAAGUAAUACUUCGCAUCCGAGUGACGACUGGGACUCGGAGAUUGAUCCAUUCGAUUUUGGGCUAGAGCGUCAAGAAUGCGCUUUUCUUCUACUCGAAUUCCGAACUCAGAUGUCUCCACAGUUCCCCUUUGUCGUAAUUUCACCAGAUGCAACCUCUGAGUCCCUUCUCCGAGAGAAGCCGAUGUUGUGGAAAGCUGUCAUGACAGCCGCUUCGUACCACAAGCCCAUUCGACAAGAGGCAAUGGGUUGGAAGCUCAUGGAAGACUUCAGCACAAGGUUGCUUAUGAAGGCAGAAAAGUCUUUAGAUCUUUUACAAGCUCUCCUUGUUCAUCUCGCUUGGUACCAUUACCACUCCGCUGCCAAUCCUCAAGCCACGAACUUACUUUUCCUCGCUAAAUCUUUACUCAUCAAUCUUGGUUACCACAGAUCACGCACUUCGAGGGAUCGGCCAAAGCUCAAUCUGAACCUAGACGGGUCCGAGGGCUUGUCAAUUGAUGAACCAAAUGACAAGACAUCUACCCUAUCGAGGAGUUUGGAAGAAUGGAGAGCUCUUGCUGGCUGUUUCUUUCUUUCGGCUAUGACAACUUCAAGUUGCAGACGCAUGGACCCUCUCCUUUAUACUCCUCACCUCGAAGCUGUAUGUAAAACGCUCACGGAAAUGUGCGAAUAUGAGAGCGACCGGAUGAUCAUGCCUUUGAUCUCCAUACAGAACGUCGUCCUGAAAAUGAGCAGCAGCUUGCAAGAGCUUGAUGUUUCCAAGUCUCUAAGCGCAAUACCAAUCAGGAUGUAUAUGACGGCUUUACAGAAUGAACUUAACACGAUCAAAAGUACUAUGCCAACCAGUCAGGUAGGCAGCGCGACACUCCUGUCUUGCUUUCAAGUAGCCGAGAUAAGCCUCUAUGAGGUCGGUUUAUAUCGGGCAUUUUGGCAAGAGAGCGACAAGGACCAUCGUUUGAAAACGCUUUUUGCUUGUCUUAUUGCGAUCAGAACCUAUUUCGACACCCAUUUCUCACCAGGUGUCAGAGUCCCCGCAAGCUUUCCAUACUUUAUGUGGAUCCAUAAUGGCUAUGCACUUUUAAUGGGAGCAAAGCUUUGUUUUAGUAAAGCAGGUGGAUGGGAUUUGAGCUAUGCUCGCUCUGUGGUGGAUUAUAACACCGUUGUCAAUCAUAUCACGCAGAAGCUUGAAGCAAUUCUUCGUCUACGCACUCCACAUGGAAAAUCGGAAAUCUUCACACGAUAUAUCAAACAGCUCCAAUGCAAGCAAAUGAGGAGGUUGGUAUCUUCUACGGCAUCUUUCGAACAACAGCGACCUGCAAAUAUUUCGCCAGCCCCAUUGAAUGACACUCCCGCGGCUGGGUAUUCACUCGAAAAUCACUUUGCAUCAGACAUCGCGCAAUCCUUUCAUGAUCCGAUGUUCAUGGACGACAAUUUCUGGCAAGGACUAUUAGAUGAAGAUAACGACUGGAUGAUGCUUGGCUAAUGAACGCUGUCUCAAAUCGCCCGACCAUCCAGCUUGAAAUGGAGUUAUCGAAAGGAAUGUACGAACCCGGUGCUGAAAACCCUCGACAUAUUCUUCAGAUCACGCUUCAAGCUUACUGUAUCCCCUUGUUGGAGCCGACAUUUCUGGAUCCCACUUUGUCGCUAUCAUCACCUUUCUACGACAUCAUGCAGAAUCUCUUGUCGUAUUCGGAUUCUUCGGUGCCGUUUUGUGAUCAUACAAUUAAUUGCAAAAUGCAAAAUGGGUUCGUUUCCCCACAAUCGCUCGAGCUCCCCGCAUUGCCUAGUCUCACAUCAAGCACCAUUGCCGGUGAUCAACUAUCCCAUAGCAGAUUCUCGGCACAUAGCCGCACGCGUACCAAUCAUCUAU